GUUUCCCCCAGGACCCACGUGUGUCAGGGAGGAAGCGGACUUGCGAGCGGCUGCGGCUGUCCCCUGUGAAAUUGUCGCAUCUGGACGUCGCGGGACCUCGGUGGCCAGGACAUCGCCAUGCCUAAAGGACUGAAAGGAAAAAUGGUAGGACGGGAAAAAAAGGUCAUCCAUCCGUACAGUAGAAAAGCCGCUCAGAUUACAAGAGAGUCUCACAAACAAGACAAAAAGGAAAGAUUUCUAAGCCCCUGCUUUGGAAAAUGUCUAAUUUCUCUGCACCUUUUGGUUCAAGAUUGAAGACUGAGAGGGCCUUGCGUCUCAACCUCAUUGGUGACAAGCUUCAGUGGUUUCACAGUCAUCUGGAUACAAAAAAGACGAGAUAUUCAAAGAAAGAUGCCUGUGAAUUAAUUGAAAGGUACUUGGAUCGGUUCAGCAGUGAGCUGGAGCAGAUUGAGUUACAGAACAGCAUCAAGGACAGGCAGGGAAGGCGGCACCAUUCCCGGGAGGCCGUCAUCAAGCAGACCAUGGAGCGGGAGCGGCAGCAGUACGAAGGCUAUGGCUUUGAGAUCCCAGACAUUUUAGACUCUAAUACUCUGCAGACUUUCCGGGAAUGGGAUUUUGAUCUGAAGAAAUUGCCAAACAUCAAAAUGAGGAAACUUUGUGCUGAUGAUGCAGUUCCUAAGAAGCGCAAACAGAAAAAUAUUUUAAAUAUAGAAAAGGAUUUAGGAGAAUUAGAUCUAUUAGGGGAAACUGGAGACACUACAGAUGGGAAACUGGAACCAGCAAGUGAAUCAAGUGACACGGAUGAAGAAAUGACUCCAGUGCCUGUCAGCCCUCAUUGAAAUACCUGAGACCCCCGUGUUCUCCUCACUGACUGGGGCGCAUCUGGUGGGAUGGCUUAGCAGGAGGGCCUCGCAGCCACGCCUGGCUACUGAAGCUUCAAUCCGAGAAUCCAUGGCUAAGGAGAAAGGGUGCUACAGAUUUUCUUCAAAGUCCACCUGCACACCAUGGGAAGUGCGCAUAUGCACGCACAGAAAUAAGAUUUAUUUUAGUAAUUAUCUGUAAGAAUUUGCUAUUGAACUCACUAUCAAAUACGUAUUUGCAGUUUUAAAAUAGGUUUAUGGUUUUUAUUUAAGAAUUCUCUUUAAAUUGCUUUUAAAAUACAGAGAUUGUGUCAGUCUGCUUUUCAUUAUAGCUAAAUACCGGGUACUGGGAACUUAGCUGAGAGUCUAAAUAGUAACCUAGUGCAGUUCUGAUGAGGCUUCUCUGUCUGUAUCACAUCAUGGCCAACAUCAUAGUGAUAGAAACCUAUCGGAGGAGGAUGUGGCAGGUCAGAUAGGAAGCCAGCAAACAGGAAGGUCUAUAUGUUGCCCUAAAGUCCUCUUGACUCUGAACAUCAGCGUAUGGGAGAGGGCCAGUUAAUACUUAUGGAAAACAGCAGUGAUCGUUAAUGGCCGACUAACCUGAAUUUUUUCGAAGAGGGAAGUAAAAAAAUAGGGGUAAGGAAGAUGGCCUGGUCAGUGAAGUGCUAUAGAGCGUCUGAGUCUUUCCCCAGCACCCACAGUGAGGAAGGGGUUGAGGCCAUGUGCCCAUAAUCCCAGCGCUGUGGAAGGGAGGGUGGGUAGAGAUGGUAACAAGUGUAAGGUGACCAGUGCUGUCUCAAGAGUCCCCGUGAGCUACAGUGGUACUCAGAAGGGGCAGUGCUGCCAAACUGAUGACCACCAAGUGCCCUAGGGGCCUCGUCCGCCUCAGGGUUGCACUGAUGGGAUUCAGUCUAAAGUGGAUUCUUAUUCUCUGCCACUGGGUAUUGGAAGUCACUUGGUUUUUUGAUCUUACCGAGAAUCAUACCUAAAUUUGGCUUGGUUCUCAGAAGAAAGUUGGGCCCUUUGGACAGUGUUGGGACUGUCCCCGGACCGUGGAGACUAUCUCAAGAACUGUGGCGGUGGUUAACUAAAUUCUUUCUGGGAUGGCCAAAGACGGUGCUGUGCUUUGGAUUUUCAAUGUCCCCAUAGGCUCAUGCUCUGAGCCCUCGGCGUCCACCUCCUGGUGGCAUUCUGAAGGCUGUAAAGCAUUUCUGAGGUGGGGCCUGGCUGUCAGUAGGGACAGGUCUUUGAAGGUUUUUACCUACCCUGGAUCCAGUCAAGUCUUGUCACCAGGCAAGAAGUCCUUGCCAAGUUGCUGCAGGAACUGUGACAAACAGAAGUCCUUCGGAAACUGAGUCAGCAUAUACUUUCCUUUUAGUUUCCCCCCCUAGUUAAGAAUUGGGAUUACAGCAGCACAAAAGUAACUAAUAACAUCUUUCAAACAUCAGUUCAGGAAGCACACUUAGGUGAUUCUCUCCUGCGUGUUCCCAGGCAGCAGAUCAUUGUUGGAGAGUACCAGUCAAAAGGCUUUUGUAGAGUGCCAAGUGACAGAAGUCAUGUAUGGUGAUCUGACUGCUUCCCUACUCAGUUCUUUUCCGAACUUUAAGAUAAUUAUUUUAUUGCUCUUUCAAGAUUGGUAACUGCAUCAUUGCUAGCUAUUGGACCUCAUGUUAAACAGCUCUCGUGUAUUUUGCUGCACUGUUUUCAAUUCACAGGCAAGCAAACCCUACUCCGUAUUGUUUUCUCUGAGACCCAGAUCUUG